CCUGACGCCACUUCCUGCUCCGCCGGCCGGGGUGCCGGCCGACUCUCCUGAGGGCCCGGAGCCAUGAAGGCCAUCAUCCAGCGCGUCGCCCGGGCCAGCGUGACAGGUGCCCCGCGUCCCCGCUCCCCUCCGGGUCUCCGCGCGAGCAGAGCCGGCCCUCGGGCUCCUGGGAAGCGCGCCUGGGCUGGCCAAGAGGAUUCGCCGGCGGGGGGGGGGGGAGCCUGGGCUCCGUCUCCAGGGGCCUCUCAGGCAGGGCGGGGCAGAGUCCCUGCCUGAAAGCCUCCAGGGCUGCCGGCACUCAGGGGAGACAAGCCUUUCUCAAGGGAUCCCCCACCCGAUGCUGUUGAACUACAACUCCCAUCAUCCCUAGCUAGCAGGGCCGGUGGUCAGGGAUGAUGGGAGUUGUAGUACCACAACAGCUGGGAACCCCCCCCCCCAACCAAGGUUGAGGUACGCAAUACUAAGCUAAAUGAUCUGACUCAGCAUCAUGUAGCUUUCCAUGUUAAUAAGCAGUUUAAUUUGGUUCAUUUGGGCCUUAGUAGAGACAACAGUUUCCUAUUCUGCCACAGAUGUUAAAAUGUUUAGUUUAGCUGUUGCAAUGAUCACUUCCCACUGUAGUCUUAAAGGGCUACUGUGCUCUCUACAUUUCAUUCCCCACUGACCUCCGUAUAAGGCAGCUUCCCAUCUGUGUUCCUAAUAGUGUAGGAAGUUCCUUGAGGACAUGACGUGCCUUUUAAUCCCUGUGGUUGUGUCUGCAUUGUUUUGGCAACAGGGAGCUGGCAUGGAAGAGUUAGUUAGUUAGUUAGUUAGUUAGUUAAUUGCAUUUGUAUAUCACCCUUCAUCCGUAGAUCUCAGAGUGGUUUACAACAUAAAAUUACAAUAUAUAAAAAAAGACAAAAUCUGACCAAUAACAACCCACCUGCUCCCAAUUUCCCCCCUGUUUUCCCCCUUGUGUGAAUAGGGCAAGCUGCUGGAUAGCAGUUAGAGACCUGAUAAGCACAGGGUUGCAUCCAUAUCAUCUAAGCAGAGCAUCCCAAGGUGCCAUAACGUUUAAGGAAGCAAUCUUUAAAUCCCAGCUUGGGCUUGGUGGGCCUGAACUGAGUGGUGGAGCUGCUGCCACUUGCAAAGCACUCCUGCUCGCAGUAGCCAUGGUCGAAGCUGGGAGAAAGGCAAUAAAGCUGCCAACUUUUUUUGCUGUGUGAGCUACAGGUCCCUGCAGCAGAAUGGCCAGAUUUUGCCGAGGAGCUGGGCUGGCUUAGGAUCCCAUGGGUUCUUGGCCCAGCUCCCACCCUGGGGGUACUGGUGUACCCCACCUUUUAGGACAAGCCCUCACAACACAUUUGAGCAUGUUGACAACUAAAUGCAUCAAACUAAAAAAAAUCCCUUCCAGCUCUAUGAUCCUGUUAUCUUUUUGCCCAUACCUGUACUGACCUCACAAGUUGUAGUUUUGUUAAUAUUAUGUUUUUAUGCUAUGUUUUACUGCAUACUACAUACUGUUAGGCCUAUAGACAAAUUUAAAUUAAAUAAAACAUAGCAUGCCAACACCAAAAAGUCUCUAAGGCCUCUUACGAAUUCAAGAGUUAUAAUCAUGAAAUUGAUUAAUUUGUUGUACAGUGGGGCUCACCCACAGCAUUGCUAUGAGCCUGUUAGGUUAGGCAGGGUAUAAAUGUAAGAGAAUAAACAAAUAUGCACUAUGUAUUGUUGCCAGAUUGAUUAAGUAUGAAUCCUGUACAUAAAAUACCUCAUUCAGAAGGUGAAUUUUGAUAGAUGUAUUUUUUCUUGCCAUUCUAAGCACUGUGAGAACUUUAUUAAUAAAAUGUCUCCCUUUGUUUAGCUGUAAGAGUACUCUGCUUCUAUAAUGAAUGAAGCAAAAAACCCCACAAGAAUGUGCACAAAAAGGCUGAUUCAUAAAUUGAAUUAUAUAUGUGAAUUAUAUAUUCAGCAUAAAAUGCUAAUAAGCAAAAACAGAGUACGUAGCAUAAAGCACCCAUUUCCAAAUACAUCCUUCAUCAGUGUAUAUACAUAUUGCUGUAAAGCCAAACACAUAAAACAAGAAUUAAUAUCUGUUCAAUAUACCAUCUAAAACCAUAGGGCUAUGCUGAUAUAAAUAAAGCAUCUAUUACAUACAAUCUUGGGUCAGAUCACAUAGCCAUUUGGCAAAGUAAAAAAAAGUGUUUCCAAUAGAGUAUGUAUGCCUGUUCUUUGGGUCUUGGGGAGGAACCCAAUGACUGUUUUCUUCUUACACUGUCGGACGCAGUAUGGCUCUGAAUAGCAGUUGCUGGGCAUCAAAACUGGGAAGAACGCUGAUGUGCUCAGGUUUGGCUGGCACGACUCCUAUAAGCAUUUCGUUGGUCACUGAGAGCAGGAUCCUGGACUAGAUGGGUCUUUCACUAGUAUUUAAGGGGCAACAAACCACUGGCAGUAAGUUGGUUUCUUAGAAUCAGAAACUUUUAAAACUCCCUAUAGUUUGCUAGGAUAUAUAAUUGCAUGUGACAAGUUUAACCUAUUUUUAAAAAUUCCCCUACAGUUGGUGGGGAGCAAAUAAGCUCCAUUGGACAAGGCAUUUGUGUCCUGCUGGGUAUCUCAGUGGAAGACACUCAGAAAGAGCUUGAGCACAUGUAAGUCAAUCUAAAGUAUAAAACUUUUUCUUUGUAUUGUGCUUAUAUAAAUUUUACUUAAUUUUUGACAAUUUUGCAUACAAAUGCUAAUUUUGUUUGUUUGUUCACUCAUAUGAAAUAUCCAGUCUGGCUUCUAGUCAGGCUUCUGAAUUAACUAGCAGUAUGCUUCCUGAUGAUGUUAGUUACUGAGCUAGGAUAUAAGGGCUCAGGCAGUCCUUAGGACAGCCUUUCUCAACUUUGUAUCCCUAGCUAUUGUUGGACUACAACUCCCAUCAUCCCUGGUCACUAAUCCUGCUAGCUAGGGAUGAUGGGAGUUGUAGUCUGACAGCAUCUGGGGAACCAAGGUUCAGAAAGACUUCCUUAGGGUAUCCUGGACCCAAGUUGUUCAGAGCUUUGUAUAUUAAUACAAGGACUUUGAAUUUGGCCUGGUAACGUGUGUGCAGUCAGUGCAGAUGUUUUAGGAGAGGUGCAUGCUGUCAGCUAUUUGUUUCUCAUCAAUCUAGCUGCUGCAUUUUACAUUACCUGGAGCUUCCGGACCAGGCCCAAAGGCAACCCCACAUAGAGCACAUUGCCGUAAUCUAGUCUUCAGUUUACUAAUGCAUGGACUACAGUGGCCAGGCUAUCCCAAUAUGACUAGCUGGCAAACUGGAUGAAGCUGGUAAAAGAUACUACUGGUCACACAGAUCACUUGGGUUUCUAAUUACACAGGAAUACCCUCUUGCUAUAUAUCUGCUCCUUCAGCAGGAAUGCAACCCCAUCCAGAACAGGCAGUUGUGGCUAGUCCCUGCAUUAAGGCAUCUAGUCCAUGAUUUUCACAGCCGUUCCAAGUUCAGCUGGUAAGGAGAAAUAGAACUGCGUGUCAUUGACAUAUUUAUUACAUCAUGCUCCAGCCUACUCAGAAUGGCUCAAGUAGGGGUUAAAUAUUACUGGGAACAAAAGAAUGUCUGUGAAACUCCAUAGUAGAAGUGCUGGGGGAUGAAGAGCAGUCCUUGAAUGCUACUCUCUGGACCCAACCAUGCAGGUAGAAACAAAGCCACUGUAAUACAGUGAUUCCAAAACCCAUUCUACACAGUUGGUCUAGGACGAUGCCAUGGUCAAUGGUACAAAAUGCUGUUAGGCAGUAAGAGUAGCAGGGUCACACUCCCCCCACAUCACUCUCUUGAUAAAAGUCACCCAUCAGGCGACCAAGGCCGAUUUCAUUUCUGAAACCAGGCCUGAACUCAGGUUGAAAUGGAUCCAGAUAAACCUUUAAUUUUCUAGAUAUGUUGACAAAAUAUGGAAUGUUCAAGGUCUAUGAAUCUUUUCUUUAUUCCAUAUUUUAAGGCUGUGGUUCCCCAGCCCUGCUUCAUAUUUAUGUGGAAUUGUAAGAAUGAUCUUAUUUUGAGACAGGGACCUUUCUUGUCUUUUGGUUUUCAACUUAGGGUUAGAAAGAUUUUAAACCUGCGUGUGUUUGAAGAUGAAAGUGGCAAACACUGGUCUAAAAGUGUAAUGGACAAGCAGUACGAAGUGCUCUGUGUCAGCCAGUUUACUCUUCAGUGUAUCCUGAAAGGAAACAAGCCAGACUAUCAUAUGGCAAUGCCUACAGAUCAAGCAGAGUCUUUCUACAACAGUUUCCUAGAACACCUUCGCAAAUCAUACAAGCCAGAGCUCAUUAAAGGUAAGGCCAAAUUAAAGAGUUGGAUAAAUGGGAAAAGCUUCCUACAGCACAAUCCUAUACAUGUCUAUUCAGAAGUGAGUCCCAAGGGGUUCAAUGAGUCUUACUCCGAGGUGAAUAUGUGAAGAACCUAAAUAUACAAUAAAACAUGUUUGCCUUUUGGUAGUUGCUACUUUUAUUUUGCCUUUUCCUAUCAGUUAAUGGGAUAAUUAUUUCCUUAAAUAUGUGGAUAAGGACCAGGAAAAGUACAAUGGCUCCAGAACAAAAAUGAAAACAAGUAGUCUUUUUGGACUGUUAAAACAAAAUUCACAGGGACACUUGAAUAACAUUGCUUUGUUAAUAAAGUGGAGUAUCUGCAUAUAGAUGUGCUGGAUGGGGAAAUGAGUGGAGAGACAAGACAGAAGCAAGUCACUGCAGAUUGCAAGAGGGAGAGGUCAGAAAAGUGUGCAGGAAAAACUGAACUUGUGAAAUGACAAGCCUGCCUCUCCUUUCUGCCCCUCUAAAGCCUGCUAGAAUUGAGAGCUUGGUGUGUGCUCUGCCAUAAUAUUGCCUUAGAACCCUGGCGUCUGAGAGCAACACAUAGGCAUGAACUCUUAGCUGACUAGGGCUAGCAGUAAGGCUGAAGGAAAGUAACUAGACUGUUGCUUGAUUUCCAUCAGCUUCACAUAUGUCAUCUGCACCCAAUUCCUCUCCCUCACAGAGUAAAGGACUGGGGUGUGUGUAUGAGCUUGGCUCCAGAGAAUGCGCUUUCUGAGGCAAUUCCUUGCUUUAGCUAUGACCUCCCCCCACCUCGAUCCUCUUCUUGUCUUCAUGAGGACCACCAAUGUUUGCAAUAACUUUUAGGUUACUCAAAACUUUCAGGCUUCAUGUUCUCUCUCUCUCUCUCUCUCUCUCUCUCUUAAAAAAUUAAAAUUGAGAAAAAGAUGUUUCCAGGUCCAAGCUCAGUGUUACCUUAGUCGUUUUGGUCUUAAAAUGGUAAUGGAGGGAAGCUUUUGUGUUGUUUAGAAUGGUGCCCCCAGAUUAUACAGAGGCCCACGGGAACACAGGACAAGAUCAGUCUUGCACCAGUGGCUGUGAUGGACUUUCCUCUCCCUCUCCAGCAGUCCUGUGAUGCCCAGUCUGCAUCAGAGGUUCCCCCAACCUCUGGGAGCACAUGGGAGACUGCUGUGAUGGAGAAGAGCAAAGGACAUUCCUGUUUGUGUGUGCAGUAGUCUGUUGCAUAAGUGGGACAUAACAGUUGGAUAUCACUCAGCAAAGCGAAAAUAUUGCCUUAGAUAUUCUAAAAACAAAAGUGAUCCAUGCGGUUAAUUAAUUAAUUAAAAGAAUUUACAUGUACAGUAUUGUCUUUCAUUUCAUAAUUAAUCAGUUCGUGUAGUUAUCUGGAAAUUUAUGUAUGUAUCUUUGUACUAGAGUCUUUGCAAUUUUGGAAGUAUUUUCUCCAACCCUUCUGCGCUCUUGUCUAUGACAAAAUGUGAGGUGGAUCAGAGGUAGAUCAGAUCAACACUAACCCAUACUGUUUGCUUUCUUUUCAUGGACUAACAACUGGUUAUAUAUCUUCAGAAAAUUCUGGCACUUGAUUGUAUGUUCAAUCCUGUUCCUGAAAAACUAACUUCCAAAUUAAUUUGCUUAUAGAUAUUGGAGGGAAAGCAAAUGUUGAAAGAAUCCCUGUAUCUCUUCCCCACCUCAUUAGAAAAGAAGCAGUUGGAGAUUUGGAAUGGCAGUUGGUUGGCUGGGAAAGUUUCAAGUCACAAGAAAACCUUGCUCAAAAGUUAGGAAAAGGGGAUAGCUUAGUCGGUAAAGCAUGAGACUCUUCAUUUCAGGGUUUAGGGUUCAAGCCUCAGGUUGGGCAAACGAUUCCUGCAUCACAGGGGGUUGGACUAGAUGGCCCUCAUGGUGAUUUCCAACUCUGCAAUUCUAUGAAACUUGUAGCUUGGCCCUCACUAGAGAUCUCUUGUGCAUUUUGGAGACUUCUGCCUUAUAAAAAGGCAGCACUUCAUCCCUUGACAAUGCUCUAUACCUUUCUUUAGAAGUAGCAUAUUACCACCAUGCCAUUCUGUUUAAUGUCCUGUUUUAUAGGAAGCAUUUGUGCUUGAAUGGGAGGAAAUAAAACAGUAGAUAGAGAAAAAUGUUAUGAUUCAAAAUCCUGAUUGGCAGUGCAAAGAUAUAAUCACUUGCCAUUUUUCCUUUAGAAAGGAGCAGUGCCUGGUAGGGUUUAAAUCAAUUUCUAAAAUGUCAGCUUCUUGUGACCUACUUUGUAUUCAAUGCAAUGUAGUUAUAAAGGAGAUAAUGAUCUGCUGAAUAUGUGAAUUGAAGCUUUUAGACAUAAACAUGUUAAAAUAAAAGUUCUUGUAAACUGUCAAGUCUGAAAACUAACGCAUCAAAUGGAACUCUUCUUAUUCACUUCAGAUUCUGUUAUGAUUAAGAACCAGUCUUUAAAACGUAUCACCAGGUAGUUGUGGAGGAAUUAUAUUCUUAGUUUACUUACUAAAAUCUUUGCCAAGACACCAGCAUCUUCAGCUUUUUUAUUACUGUUAAAAGAUUUGUAGCUCUUAAAGUCAAAAAGAAAGGGGAAGUAGUAGUAUAUGAGAAAUAUAAAUACAAUGCAUAAACUUUUAAUUGAAGGAGCGAUAUUGUAAGUUUGGCUGAAGGAAAACUGUACUGCCACCUAGUGGUCACUUGGCCAACAGCAUAGCAUCUUAAGCUAAGUGAAAAAAAUAUUUCCUUGGAAAGAAACCUCAGCCUGCAACUUUACUCUUUUAUCAAUGGUUACAUUAGACAAGGUUUCAAGGGCUAUGGAUGUAUUCAGGCAAAAAUUGGCGAGAAGAUGGAUAUCCCUGUAAUUCUUUGCCACCCCUACAGAUGGGGAAAAUGCUCUUUCAAACAGCGUCCCAUACCUACAAAAAAUGUAAAGAAAAAGAAGGUACCUUUUAUCAUAUGUGGUGGUCAUGUAAGGCAAUAAAGGCUUUCUGGGAAAUUAUAUAUAAUGAACUGAAAAAAAAUGUUUAAAAUAACUUUUGUUAAAAAAAAACACAGAAGCCUUUUUAUUCGGAAUUGUAGGUACUGACAUCCCAAAGGAACAGACUUUUUAUGUAUGCAACAACAGCAGCAUGGAUGUUACUAGCCCAGAUAAGGAAAGAAGAAAGAGUCCCUAUCAGAGAGGAAUGGCAAACCAAGCUGUUAGACUAUGCCGAAAUGGCAAAACUGACCGGAAAGCUCAGGGACCAAGAAGACAAAAACUUCAAGAAAGAACGGGGGGGAAAUUAUAAUUUAUUUAGGAGACCACUGUAAGCAGAUGAAAACAUUAGCAGGAUUUAAUUUCACUUGUAAUGUAACAAAUACUAUGAACAAUAUUGAUAGAUAUAAAAUAUAGAUUAUGAAAUAAUAUGCACUUGAAAAUGACGGUGGAAGUCUCAAGAUUCAGAGAAAUCUCUUUAUAUGGCUAUGUAUUUGGUAUUGUUAUAAAUUUAUAUUUGUAAAAUUAAAUGAACACGAUUUUUUUAAAAAAGGGAAGGAGGGGAAACUGAAAGGGAAGGAGGCGGGUAUUUGAAACUGUUAUUGCGAAGGCAGACACCACUGUUACAGAGAAGCUAGCGGAGGGAGUGUUCUGCUAUUGGAGGAGAAACUGAAAGGGAAGGCAGGCAGGCAGGCAGCAAUGAUAUUGUCCCUCGCAGUUUGAAGGCUGUGACUUGCCUGCUCAAUUUAUUUGAAACUGUUAUCAUGAUGUGGAUUUAAUAUUGAUUUUGGAUUAUAUAUAGCCGCCCAGGGUGGCUGGGGAAACCCAGCCAGAUCGGUGGGGUAUAAAUAAUAAAUUAUUAUUAUAUAUAUAUCAAUAUUUCACCCAGCCCAACUGCUAUAAUCUUAGGCUAAAAGGAUAUAGAAAAGAUAGUUACAAAACAGGUCCUUUGGCACACUCUUCCAACCGCAGGAGAUCACUCUGAUUCUUUAGGCUGGUAGGUGGCUCCCUGGGCUUCCAUGCCCACAACACAUCCAGAUGGUAAAUAACCCUUUCCUUUGAAGUCUGUUUUUUUAUACAGUCCCAGGCAGCGAAAUGCCAGUCUCUAGCCAUCAGUGUGCCUCCCUUCUGUGUUCUCAGCAGUGAGCCAAAGUCUAUGUCCAGGUGCCGGCUCCAUGCCUGGGUCAAGGCAGACCUGUCCUCCCGUUGACUCCAUUAUCAAGGCCACCUGGCAGAACCCCUGUCUUUUGCCACACCUUAUAAUGGGGCUAAAUAUAUAGCAAAGAAGCAUUGGAAGCAGGUGCACUGUGCAGUGACUGCCACUAUUAAAACCAAAGGUGGUUCUUAGGUAAAUGUCCUCUUCUUCCCACUCAACUCUAAUUUAAUUUUUCAGAUGGCAAAUUUGGUGAAUAUAUGCAGGUACAUAUUCAGAACGAUGGACCUGUGACUAUAGAACUUGAGUCUCCUGCCCCUCCCAUUGACCCUAAGCAGGUAAGUUACAUUGAUGCUUUCCUUCAUCUGGCGUGUAUCUCCUUCUAAAAACAAGACUAUGAUCUUGUGUAUAUAUUACUGGUGUCAUUAUCCAGUUUUUGUUUUAUAUGCUAAUAUAGAAAAUCAUAGAUUCCCACCCACACAUACAUGUAUCAAUACAGUUUAUGAUAUGUUUGUAAGUGGGUCCAUAUGUGAAAUGCCCUUGAUAGAACCUGAGUUGCAUGUGAAGAUAAUUGGAAAGAAAAUGCCAUGAGAAAGUGCUAUUAAAUUGAGAAGAUAAAACUAUUAAAUUGUUGUUUAAUGGUAAUAGUUGUUGUAGUAAUGGACCUGGUAUUUAAUGGAUGCCCAUAACAUCUACAAUGUGGAUUGGGAUUGUUUCUAAAAAUUAGUACUACUUUUGUUUUUAUUAGUACUACUUUUGUGGCAUCUGAGAACAGAAAUAUUUGACAUGUAGCCAUAUAUUUCAAAAGAGAUGCAAUUCAUCAGCUUCAGAUUUUAUAAAACUUUCCCAAAGCUGUUAAUCAUAUUUUGUGAAAUUAAAAUACUUAUCCAGUAGAUCCAAAGACGGCAGUCAUUAUGUCAUUAUGUUUCAUUUCAUUAGUUCACCCACUUUUACCUCAUUUUUUUUUACAUGCAGUAAAAAGAAGUGCUUGUGUGGUCUCUGUACCUAAGUCUCUCUGUCACCAUAUGCUUCUUUUUGUUCUAGUUUUAUUUCUCAUUGCUGCUUUAUGUUCCUGUUAUACUGUUUGCAUAUCUGUAACACAUUGCACACAAAUCAGUACUCUUUUCCUGUAGGAAAAGAGAACAUAUAAGGGAAUAAUGUACAGGUCUCACAAGCAAGCUGAGCGUUUUUACUCAGAUUUUCUUGAAAUGGCAUAUUGUCCCCUAUCCUUUUGAAAGCGACCACAUUCCUUGUAAAAGAGAACUGACUUAGUGUGGCAAGAUGAGUCAGGAAGUUCAGUUGAAAUCUCAGGUCAGCUGUGGUUUCCCUGAGUAGUUUGCCCAAGGUUACUUGGCAAAAUGAAAAUGAAAAUACUGGCCUGCCUUACAGGGGUUGGGGCUUUGGGUACAGGUUACUGACAUAAUGUGUGCAAAGCAAUUAAGAACACUAUAUGCAUACAAAGGCUAUAAAGCUACAGUUCUGUUGAAUUUGUUGGCACUUACUUCCAAGUAAACAUGCUUAGUAUCAGUGUGUAAGUAUUAGGGCCAGAAGUGGACCCUUUCAGAAUUGUAGGUGAUGAUAGUAUAUAGGGAUACCAAUUGGCUUUCUUAGGACUAAAGAUUCCUGACCCAAGCCUUCCAUUAUGCAAUCUUUAUUAAAACAGAUACAGAAGCAGUUAAGAUAUAACACCAAACAGUGGUUUGAAGUUGCAUGAAUAAGCAAUUCAGAACAUUCAGGCUCUCCUACUCCCCCUCCUUCUUCCAUUGCAUGCAGUAAUUCUCUUCCUUCUAUCCAUGGUUUGCUGUUUGAUGUGAACUGGUAAUUUGUGAUCUGCUUCAAAGGCAGUGGACAUCUGUUUGUGAGGUUGAAGAGGGAGUUUGUGAAUCUAAAGUUCCCAGCUGGCCUGAUCUGCCCUGUACAAAGACAGAGCAACAAGGAGCCUCCUAGCAUAGGUGUGUGAUCCAUAUAGGCACAGCUAAUUGCCACCCUCAGUAGGACCUACUAAAUUAAAAUUAAAAGGUAAGGUCCAAGUUAUCCAUAUUGAUACUCUGCUGCUAGGGGCCCAUAGAGCUGCUAGGAGCCCAUGGAUACAUUUGCAACCUGGAAAAACUAGUGGGCACCACAGUCUUGUAUGCACUCACACCACUGCUCUUUCACCAGCAAUAAGGCUUGAUCACUGAAGAAUUGAUGCUUUUGAAUUAUGGUGCUGGAGGAGACUCUUGAGAGUCCCAUGGACUGCAAGAAGAACAAACCUAUCCAUUCAGAAGGAAAUCAGUCCUGAGUGCUCACUGGAAGGACAGAUCGUGAAGCUGAGGCUCCAAUACUUUGGCCACCUCAUGAGAAGAGAAGACUCCCUGGAAAAGACCCUGAUGUUGGGAAAGAUGGAGGGCACAAGGAGAAGGGGACAACAGAGGACAAGAUGGUUGGAUAGUGUUCUCGAAGCUACCAGCAUGAGUUUGACCAAACUGUGGGAGGCAGUGGAAGACAGGAGUGCCUGGCGUGGUCUGGUCCAUGGGGUCACGAAGAGUCGGACACGACUAAACGACUAAACAACAACAACAAGGCUUGGAGAAAUAUCAUUUUUCAAGCCUAAUGUGGGGAGGAAUUCUGGAGAAUGUAGCACUAAUCUUCCUCCCCAGUGGCAAUAUCCAGGAAAAGCACCUCCCCCUACAAUCACAGAAUUAGGCUAGAAAAAAGCCUUAAUUGGAUCCAAUUAUUGGAACCAAUAAAAAGGCUUUUUUUCCAACUCUUAAUUGCAGCAAUAAGGGCAAUUCUAGAUGGGAGUAGUAGCUGGGGAAAGAAAGAGUAAUCCUUUACUUUCUAGCUCUGUCUCCACCUGCAAGUAUCCUCCUCAGAUGUAACUUGGCUUCAGACAAGCCUUCUGUUGGCUAAUUGCAGCAUGUAGCUGUUCUCAGUGAGGUUGGGGGUCCCAGAAUUGUAGAGUUGGAAGCAACCCCAAGGGUCAUCUAGUCCAACCCCCUGCAAUGCAGGAAUCUCAACUAGAUCAUACUUGACAGAUGGCCAUCCGAUCUCUGCUGUAAAACCUCCAAGGAAGGAGAGUCCAGCACCUCCUGAGGGUGUCUGUUCCACCGUCGAACAACUCUUGCUGUCAGAAAGCUCUUCCUGAUGUUGAGUCAGAAUCCCAUUUCUUGUGACUUGAAGCCUUUGGUUCAGGUCCUAGCCUCCAGAGCAGGAAAAAACAUGCUUGCUUCAUCUUCCAUGUGACAGCCCUUUAGAUACUUGAAAUUGGCUUUCAUACCUCCUCUCAGUCUCCUCUUUACCAGGCUGAACAUACCCAAUUCCCUCAAUUGUUCCUUAUAAGGUUUCCAGACCCUGGAUCACCUUGGUUGCCCUCCUCUGCACGCGUUCCAGCUUGUCAGCACCCUUCUUAAAUUGUGGUGCCCAGAACUAGACACAACGUUCCAGGGUCUGACCAAGGCAGAAUAGAGUGGGAGUUGUAUUUUUAUUUUAAAUUGUAGUAAUUGGGCGGGAUUCAACAUUGUGCUAUGGUGAACGCAAUGAAAUUUAAUGUGAAAAUUGCAGCUUGCCAGACAGAAUGAUCCCGCCUCCCUCCCCCCAUGCACUGUUCUGGAGGGUUCUUCUCACUCCCCACAAGCCAAUUUUGGGGAGCUCCUGGGAUGAAAGGGGGCGAAAACCUCGUUGUGCAAGUAGAAGUUCUCAUGCAGAUGAAUUUGUUCUAAAGUCACUUCAAUGACUCUCUGUUCUUUUUGUAAAGUGUUUUGAGGUGUUUUACAAUCAAGUGGGAUAUAAAUUGUUUGAAAUAAAAUAAAUAACUAAAAUUCAAUUUGGUUCAUGCUUUCUGAUUCUGCUUUGUUGGCUAAUCGAAAACGAUGGUUUAACCAUUCAAAUAUACGAUACCACAAGUUUCCUUAACCAUGGUUCAUUGCAGUGCGUGAAUGAGCCCACGUGUUUCUUCUUUACUUUAGAACUUAGUAUGAUGGUGCUGAGCACACGAUUGAUUUUACAGCAUAUAGAGAAGGGGUGAUGUUGUGGCAAAGCCUUGGCAUUGUUGGCUGCUAGAGUGAGUGAAAUUGUGGACACAGUGGCAGUCAUUGUUCAUAUCCAGUGAACGACAACAACAACAAAUUAUUUAUACCCCGCCCUCCCCAGCCCCAGGGCGGCUAAAUGCAUCUGACUUGAUUUAAGAACAUUAACUAGCACCACAAUCUUAUUCAUACUUAGGAGGAAGCCCCCUUGAACAAUAAAUUUGAGCGCAAGGGUGUGGUUUAGAGGGUGGAGUGUUGGACUAGGGAUCUGGGAGGCCGGGGUUUGAAUCCCCACUCAGCCACGAAGUUCACUGGGCGCCCUUGGGCCACUCACUUCUUCUCAGCCUAAUCUACCUCACAGGGUUGUUGUGGGGAUUAAAUGAAGAGGGGACCUUGGAGAAAAAGGUGGGAUAUAAAUGCAACAAAGAAACAAAUAUGCCUAGGCUUUCUCUCCCCUGCAAUGGUAGGGAAAUACUCUUCAAGUCCACCCAAAGAAAUUAGAUGCGGGGGGGGGGGGGGGAGAGGCUGGUCUGCUGCUUUUAAGAGAUCCAUCAUGAAUGAACAUUUUGAACUCAUUGAAGCUUAUGUGAUUUACCUUCUCUGUGACUGGGCCUUACCUUGGUAACUGUUGCCAAGGGAGCCAUGUACACAAAGAACGGUCAUUCUCCAUGGCAGUGCUAAGAGUUUUAGGAGGCCCUUUUAAUUUUUCUCUUUCAAAGCAACCCAAACUCUCUUAUUCUGAUGAGAUUCUUUUAAUCUAUUCUACUGUGUUUCAAAGACAUAAUUUACGUCCCUGUGAAGUUCACACCAAUUGAAAUAGAUUUGAAAGAAAAAAACUCUUCAUGGUCCUUCUGAAGGACUUUAUAUCUAACUGGAAAUGCUUCAUUGUGACGAAGAGUGAUGCUGUAGGACUUAAAUGAUGAUACCUGGGGGAAGAGGGACCUCAAGGAGGACUGCAUGUACUGAAAAUGUACCACACUCCCUUAAUACUCCUAGAAGAGGAAUAUUAGUUUGAAUUUUUAAUGCCCAUUCUGCAAUAGAAGUGAUUGCAGAAGUGAUUAAACUGAUCCCGUUUGUUCUUAUUGUCCAUAAGGAAAUCAAUCCUCUACUAUUUCUGACCCAUAUUUUGGAGGUGCAGCCUGAGAUAAGGAAGCAGGGAGGGGCUGAACUGUCAAUGAGUCUGUUGUGCUUUUAAACAUCACACAUCGUUAUGCAGCUAAAUAGGUGGUAAUAACAUCAUUUUAAUUAUGUGUGAUCGUUACCAGUUAAUUUGUGUUUUGGGUAGGGGUUUAUGUUAUCAGUUCACAGGAACAUCUUGACUGGAGUAAAUUUUGAAGUUAGUAUAAAUCAUUUUUAGUUUCUGGACAGGGCACCUGGGGAUGGAUUUGUCCACUGAUAACAUAGAUAGGCAAAUAAUGUCUUGGUGUAAUGACUCCACAGUAAUGUCAGCUGCCUGUUACACUAAUUGAAAUCAUUUUGCAUGGUGAUGUCUUAAUAUAUUCAAGGACAAGGUAAACUCAGAAGAGAAGGGAAUUCAUACUUUCCUUAUGUCUCUGUAUUGGUAUCCUGACACCCUUCACAGUCAUCUCAAGCUUCCAGUCUCUGCUAUUAAACUUCUUUGCUUCUUACCUGACUGUAGCUCCUUGCUUGUCUAUUGUUGCACACCUUUUUGCAUUUAUUUUUUACAAAAACAAACCUUUUACUCUGGUACCCUGAUAUAGGCAAAAUGUGAAGUUACUUUCUCUGUCCUAUUUUGAAUAGUCUCUGGGGAUAAAAUGCACCUCAGCACAGAUGUUUGGUAGUUUCAGUGUUCAUUUCAGCAAAAGUAAAUUGCACCCUUGUAGCUAAGUAAGUAAAGCAUAACUUUUUAGAAAAUUGAAAAGGUGGGGCAGAGGAAGGAAACAUCACAGGACAACUGGCCCCUUAAUUGUUGAGGAAUACAAAGAGUAUGAUGUGACUCAAGUUUGCUUUAAAAAAAAUGCUAAUAAAGUUUUACAAAUAUUUCAAACAGAUGCCGGAAGGGUUAACACCUGUUACUUAAGAUGAAUGUCCAUGUUACUAAAGAAAGCUUAUACUAUUGGAAUACUGUACACAUGGUAAUUUCAUUAUAUCAUGCUGUAAUUUGUGUUUGUAAUUCAUUUUUUAAAAGACAAAAUAUGUGUCUUUUGCACAAAUCCCAAGGUUCCGUAGCAGUAGAUGAUUCCCGGCAGAAAAUUAGAUUUGGUGCAUAAUCUUCCUAAGAGAUGCCAAAGUUUUAAGUUUUUUGUUUUUUAAUGCAGUGGUCUGUUCAAAAUAUUUUCAGUGCUGCUGAGCUGCUUCAGUCUCUAGUGUGCAUUUAUGAAACUUCUUGUUUUGUUUUACUUUGCAAACAGCUGGCAAAACUUGAGAAACAGCAGCAGAGGAAAGAGAAGACCCGGAUGAAGGCACCCUCUGAAUCAAGCAGAGAGAGAAAUGUUCCUAGAAGUAAAAAUGAUCCUAGUGCAAGCAGUGGGGCUGAGGGGGACGUGUCUUCGGAAAGGGAACCGUAACUUAUGAAAAACAGGCUCAGGUAUGGACCCUUGUUUCCCAGCUAAUAUCUUGAACUCACUCUUUGCAUGCUUCAGUGCAGGGUGAAGGGGAAUUCAUGAAUGCAUAGUUCCUAAUAUUUUCAAUUAUUUCUUUGGUGCUUAAAAACAUUGAGCUAAACCAUGAUCAACUCUCAUAUAAUCCAGGGAUGAGAAGAGGGUAAGUUGGUCUUCUGCAGGGAUGUGGGAUCUGUGGCUUUCCAGAUGUUGCUGGUCUACAACUUCCAUCCUCCCCGACCACUGGCCAUUUUCACUGUAGUUGAUGGGAGUCUGGCAAUGUCUAGAGGGCAACAGGUUCCCAACCCCUGGUCUAUUAGUUUGCCAACUAGCAGCUGCUAGUUGCUGAGAUUCUUACAAACAGUUGACUUCUCCAGCAAACUUCAUGCAUUUUUAAGCAAAACUGUAUAUGACUUAGCACUGAUAACUUAUGCCAUAACAGUUAAGAGAACUUGAGUGUAUAUUGUUGUUUUGUGAAUUUACAGCAAGUUAACACAUCAUGGCAGAUAAUGAGGACUAGACCAUGCAAGACCGAAGGCAGCCUGUUCCUGGCCUACUCAGCUCUAUUCAUGCUGGCCUCCCAUUCUUCCAUUAUCUUCUCUCAGUCAGUUUGACAUGUCUCUGCUAAAUUUUGUUGACUGCUGUUGAGAUAAUUUCUCUCCUGCCAUCACUCUUUGCAUGCACUUCAAGCUUUGGGUCCUUUUAAUAUUCUCUUUCCAAAUGACUUAAAAUUUCUUCCUCCUCUUUCCUUAUGCUUAGCUGUUGCUCUUUUGGCACAUAAUAACUGUUACAAGGUCUAAAGGCUGGUUGGCAACCAAAAAUCAGCCCCAGCACAUGACCCGUUCUGUUUGCAUUAGAGAUAGUCACAUGGCAAAUCUGUUGUUUAAGUUUUCCGUUGGGUUUCUUGAUCCACUGCUGCACAGCUUUUUCUGGAAAAGUAAAAAUCAGAGUCUCUGGAUCAUCUGGAUGUAGCUCAGACUGUGGCUUCUGCACAUUGAUAGCGUCACCCCUCUUGCAAAUGGAGACAACAGUGGCUUGUACCACUUCCAUGUGACCUAUGGCUUCCUUGGGGAUGCAGGAAGAAGUUGUGAUGCCAAAAGUAGUAUAAAAAUAAGACGGUUGCUAUUCCUUUGGGCAUUCCUAAUUUGAGAUUAACAUAGCAUGUCACCCAGAAAUGAAACAGGCUAUUUUGAAUGGGAUGCAUCAUACUGCACAAAAGAUUUAUUGGGGCAGAAGGUGAAAACAAUAAGCCCUUAGGAUAAGCAGGGCGUGAUCCCACUGGCCAGUCAUUCCACAAACAGCUCAUGCUCAAUAGUGUCAAAGGAUGCAUCAUUUAGGUUGCAAUUAUCCCAGUCCAUCUCUAGGUGGAGUUGGUCAGCCAAGGCCACGGUAACAUUGUUUUUGCCAUGCAGAGGCUGAAAGCCAGACUGGCAGGAAUCCAGAAAGCUGAUAGAAUCCAGGUGUGCCUGAAGUGAUCAGGCUACUCCUCACUCAGAAACCUUCCCCAAAAAGGGAAAGUUCAAAACAAGGUAGUAGCUGUUUGGAGAAUCUGCAUCCUGGUUUGUGUUUGUUUUUCUCCAGAGCAGAAACUAAGCAACCACAGAUUUGAUGCCAUAAAAUAGUAUCUAACAAAUCCUUCUCGCUUUUUGUGGCUGGAUUUUAUUAACUUUGAGUGGACAUUGGUCCCAUUUUAAAAGUGAUUACUUGGGAGGAAUGAAGUUGAAGGAGAUUUAAAAGUUGUAACAGUUACUUGGAAAAUGGGUGGGGUGGGGUGGAAUAAGAUAAUAAAAUGAAGGGCCCCCACUGUUAUGUUGAACAGGUUUCUGUUUAACUAACAUUAAAGUUAUCUGACACAAUCUCUUUCACAUGCCACCUCCCUUAAUCCUUUCCCCCUUAGGCUGAUGAGAUGGCUACUCUACUCUGACCACUCCACAUGUCCCUUGACCUCCUGACUCCCAGUUGCCUUCUCCCCCAUUUUUAUUGCCUUUCAGCCACUAUGUCAUCAGCCAAUUUUUCUCUGUCCCUUUCCUUAUUGAAUGCAAACAUGCCAUCACCUUUCCUAUUCUAAAAAACAACAACCCACAACUGAGAAUGGGUUUUACUUUGCUAACCAGCAGCCAAUUUCAUCUGUGAAAGAAGUUGAUAUUUCAGGUAUCCUUUUCUACAACUUCAUUUGCAAAUCCAAAGGUUGGUACUCUGGCAUUUAUCACGGUGCUCCAUGUGCCAGAAGUGGUUUAGUCCUGCUGGCCACAUGACCUGGAAAAGCUGUCUGUGGCCUGAAGCAAGAUGAGUGGCACACCCCAUAGUCAAAGUUGACUGGACUUAACCAUGCAGGGGUCCUUUACCUGGGCUACCUUUGAUACAGUUGAUCAUCCUCCUCAGCUUGACUUCAUCUGUGUUGUAGAUAUCUAUGACUAUUCUUAACUGUUUCUUCCCCUUCCUGUCUGAUCACUGAUUUGUUCCCACUGGGCGAAGCUCCUCUUUAGCCUUUCCCUUCUCUGAUUGAUUUCUCAAGGUUCUUUUCUUGGUUUUCUUCUAUUCCUAUUCCACUCUUUUCUUUGUGGGGGGGACUCCAUAAAGGCAAAUUAUUUUCAGUAUCCUAUGACAACAUCUAGCUAUAUAUCACCAUAUCCUCCCCUCUGCCUCGUGCCCCUCUCUCUGCCUGCUUGUUGUGUGUUUCCUCUCACUUGUUAUGACUAAAUCUCUUGUUCAUGCCUUGGUCUUUCUUACCCCUCCAGAUAUCAUUCUUAUUUCUAUCCCAAACUCUUCUGUGAGAAUCUAUCACUUCUGUCUCCCAUACUUUUCUGUUUAAUUUUGUAUAGCAAAAUUAACCUUUUGUAAAAGGUAAGAGUGGUGGGGAUAAAUGGGCCAAUUUCAGAUUGGAAAUAAGUAGAAGCCGGUGAUAGUUUGGCUGUGUGCUGUUCAUGCCUUGGAUUAAGGAUGAGGUGUGGCUUGGCAGGGUUGCACACUUUACGCAAAAUGUGGACCCUUAGACAUUGGUGUGCUUGGAGAGGGACUGAAAUCGUGAAGAAUCAAGCUACUGUGUUGGGUGCAUCCUCAGUUCCCUUUCUUUCUGCCAGUAUAUGGGUUGUGACAUCCUGGUAGAAUGAAUAAGAAAGGACCAGGUAUUUCUUGCUGCUGCCCGUGUGACAGCUGAUAGUCAUGCAGGAAUCCUGGAAGCAUCACAGUUGCUAGAAAGUACAGUUUUAAUCAAGGUAUCAGAAGUGUGGGAAAUCCUGCUAAUGAGUAAUAUAUAAAUAAUAUUUCAAAAGAUUAACAGUUUUCAAACUGAUGUUUAAAAUGAAGCUGUCUCCUUGUUUAUUAAGGUGAGGAAAAGCAAUGGCAAUAUAAAAUAAUACUGUGUGUUUGGUGAAUAUCAAGCUCUCCCUCCAUGUCUUGUGAUACUCCACUUCUUGCUUUGACAGAAAAACUCCAUCAGAAGCUUCUGGCAACCUUUUCUAUUCAUUAGCUGACAGCACUCAAUUCCUACACGAACAAAUUGGGACAGAAAGAGCAUUUGGAACAGAGAAGUAAGAUGUUACGGACCUGCACCAUGUUGCAUUCAGGAACAAUCAAAGGGAUGUUACCUGUCUCCAUUGCUAAAAUGCUUAAAAGUGGGGGUAGUAAAGGACAUUUUUCUGGUUUUCUGGUUCUUAUGUUGUUGUUACUGAAGUGUGCCUGCCAUAUCUGUCUGGUUGGUUCCCAUGUAAAUGGGAAGUGAUCAGAUAUUCCACAUGGUUCUUGGCACACGUCUACAAAUGCUUUUGUCAUGGCAAGUGUCUCCACCUACUUCUUGCAGUGAAUAUGGCAAGCCCACUUGUAGUGGGGGAGAGGGGUUGGAGGAUUGGGGGCAGAGGACGACCCUGCAGCUGUCCUGUGUUCUGGAUAGGCUCCUAGCACAUUGGAAAAAUAGCUUCCCUCCCCCAAACUCUGUUAUUGGAGGGAGCCUGGGGCUCUUCAGUGUUACGCUGUUCUUUUGGAGCCACACUUAGUGUGGCAUUCUCCAGGCCACUUCUUGAACUUGGAACUGGGGAAGGGAACAGGGGCUUGUCUGUAACCUCAUGUUGAGCUCCAGAGGCACUUGGAACCCCUUCCAAACUCAGAAUGAUGUUAGAGCCAUCUGACAUUCUGGUAGUGUGGGUGGUGUGCCACCAGGAACUAUGAGAAGAUGCAGGCCAUGCAGAAGGGGCCUCCACUGCAACUCCUCCCAACCCCUUCCAGAAACCGGAACCAUGUUGUUCUGAGAGGGCCUGCAGCACAGGCUCCUCUGAUGUGGCACAAGGUUUUUCCUGCUGCCUUGGUGAUAGAGGAAGGAACUCUCUGCAGCAGCUCUUUCAUCAGCAUCGUGUAAGAAGAGGGCCAUUGUUACUGAAUGAGGAAUGGUGGUUUUUUUCUGUACAGGUUGUAGCAGUCCUGCUUGUAUGAGCUAUUGAUCAUAUGCUUCGGUUUUAUAAAAUCGGGUUUUUUUCCUUACAUUUUCACUUGGAAUCUAAAGAGUAAGCUUAUAUUUUGAUUCUGUUGGUGUGAUGUCACUUGUGUCUCUUUUCAUAGCCCUGUAUAUGCCUGUUGUAUUGUCUAUGUGUGUCUGGCUGUACAAUUUGUGGGAAAUAAUUGAAUUUAAAUGAGACUGAUUUGCCUGUUAUUUAUUUAUUGUGAACAGUGUGUCUCUCUGUGUGUGUGUCUUUUAAACUUUUUGACAGAGAGAAAACCUUUAAUAAAGUGUGCCUCCUGAGUACUUCUUCUGUAGGAUGUCUGUUCUUUUAGGAAAUUCAGUGAGGCUUAUCCAUGCAAACGGCAUGGCGUAUCAAAAUUACCUCUUAAAUCGGUAUUUAUACAUAAGUGUGUCACAAUCAGCCUUCUCAAAAAAGCUUUGCCACAUUUCUUUCAUGAGGUACAUUCAGUAUGUCACAUUGUUCUGGCCACUGACUGCCAAAUUGCACAUUGAAUGCAGACGUACGUAACUGUAGCUCUUAGACCUCCUCCACCC